GCGACAGCGGUCGGCAUCUGAUGGAUUCGAUUCUAUGUUUGAAGAGGUGGCGUUUGGGCCAAGUCCGCCUUCUUUGGACCCAUCACAGCUAGUUAGUAUAUUGGACAACCUCAUUGGUAAGAGUGCCUUUGUCACCUCAGGAACCAUCUCGCAAUGGGCGGAAGCGUGCCGAAACCUGGAGUCGGGUGUAUAUAACAGCAGUUUUGUGUUUGUUAUGUCUACUCUGCCAUUGGUUGAGCAUGCGCUUCGCUUGGUCUAUGUCGCGGUGAAUCAGUGCAAGGAGGAUCGCAGGAGCGCGUUGAUAGCAGGAGAGUAUUAUUUGACGCUGGAUGUAGUCCUAGACAGGAUCGUCCCUGCGGAAUACUACGAUGUCGAGUCCCCAGUCUUGAAAGAAUACGAUGCGUCCAGGAUACCUAACAAUCUCUAUCUGGAAUUCGGUGAUCAAGUCAUGAACUUGCUCAACGACCUAUUUCUUUUAGGAUAUGGACCGCGUUUGAGGGAUAAGGCUAGCCACGGCGAACUCAACGUAUACUUGAACAUGGAUAUCACAAAAUCGCCCUGGUUCAGCUACUACAGUGGAUUGAUCAUCUUUCUCUUGAACAAAUAUACACCACCCAGUUCAGCCAGUCUUUCAGACGAAAUAGCAGGAUGCACCUCCUGGAUCAAUCAGUACUCAACAUGUCGAUUCGAUGAGUGGUCGGCCUUGCGGAAGGAAGCUGCUCAUUGCCAGGCAACGCUGGUACAAUAUGAUUCCUACAGUUCUGCGACAUUCACCAUGACGAACGAACACGACAGUUCAACGGAGUUCACGCCAACCAUCGAAGUCAUUUUCAAGUUUGAUGACGCUGCUGUAUUCUCCAAUACUGCAUCGUUUUCCUCAGAGCAAACUUUUCAAUUCCAGUUGCGCACUAGUCUCGCUGCCUGGCCUGCUGAGAAGCCCGAUGACCCAGCCGUAGCGACAUUCGCCAAUAACCUGCCUGCUUGGAUCAUUAUUAUUCAAAGUAUUCACGCUGCGAUCCUGAGGGUUACAGGCAAAAUAAUGACACUGUCGGAGCAAUUGACCCAGCGCCAGCUCUCAUCUCGCUCUCGAAAACAAUUUGAGGCCAUGAGACCAAUGGUACCUCGGUUUUUGGGGAUGCUGGUUGGAUGUCUCGCUCUGGUUGAACACCUUGUCCUCACGCCCACUUCGCAGCCACCGCCUUCAAGCCCAGCCAUCGGUUUGGAUGGUCCUACUGGCGAUUAUGGUGUGCUACAGAAAUCACAGAUCAUAUCCGCAUCAACAGAAGGAGAAUUCUCGCCAUUGAUACCAAGCACAACCGCAGCCUCGACUGUCAGCUCCAUCAACAAUGGAUCUGCAGUAGACAAGUCGAGUGUAGCGGAGAUCCAGUUACGCCUGAAGAUCACGACGUUUGUGGACAAGUUUGUAUCAAAUUUCGACCGCGUCAAGCUGAGUAUGAUUGAGCCUGCAUGGGAGGACUUACAGAAGAAUGCUCAAGGGCUGGAGACGAGAGGACGGAGCAGUAGACUUGAUCGCUUCUCCCAAUUGAUGACAAUAGAAUAAGCCAAAUGUUGAAACCGGUG